AUGAAUUUUUUAACAACAUAUGAAAUACCUUUACGAUCUUAUAUUCAAUCUCGUAUAAAUGUUUCGAAAAAUGCACUUCAAGAAGAAGACACAAUCACACAAGUAAUUAGUAGAAAAUAUCAACAUUUUAAAACAUUAGUUCUCAAACUGAAAUCAGAUACUGAUAAAUCAAAUGAACUUGAUGUUUUUGUUGAUGAAAUAUUUAAUAAUCUUGGAAGUACUCUUUUGUCAAAUUCUAAUGAUUUACAUAAACGUAUCAAACCAAUUCGUCCAGAUCCUAAUGAUCCUCGAUAUAAUGAUAAAUGA